AUGUCAUCUGUUGCUUCUACUUCUUCUGCCUAUUCCUUCAAAUACUUCCCACGUUAUGGUCAAUGGACAAAGGAGAUGCAAAUGGAGUUGGAUGAGCAUUCCCGUCAAAUGGCAAAGCUCAUGAUCCAUGUUCAAGGUCUUUACAAAUCCAAGAAACAAUCGAAGAACGAUCAGCAGAGAGAGGAUACCGAUGCCGAUUGUAUGGUCCACUCAGAAUCUCCGAUCUCUACUCCACCAUCUUCUUCUGAAGCCUCAUCAUCGUCGACGUCUCCACAACCAGAAAUCCAGAAUCAUUUCGAUCAGGAGGAUCAAUUCAAUCAGUUUCAACAAAUGCCAAUGGAUCAACCAGCCAACUACACAGUCUACUUCCAGCCGAUUCAAUACACUGCAGAGGUUGGAGCCAAGUAUGUUCCAACAAACCAAUAUGAAAUUCUCCAUUCUCCGGUUCCCGAUUCCUUGGAUUUUUUCGAAAUCGACUGUAACGAAUUCAUUAAAAUCAAAAAGAAGAAGACCUUUUCAAUCCAAUGA